UGAUAUUUUUUUUUCUUUUUUAAUUUGAAUAGCACCGCGAGUUAUUUAGAAAAUGAAGUCGUAUCUUUCCCGAUAUGGAUGGAGUUUUAGUUGAUUCAGUACAUGUGACAUAGAAUAUGUGGGUGACAGUCUCCAAAAAUAGAUACAAGAAAAGUUUUUUUCAUGCAUUUAACUAUCAGAUGGCGCCAUUUGAAUCAGUUCUCGAUGUAAAUAGGAGGCGUCACCGUGUCAGCUGUUAUCAGUGAAACAGUAGCAACAAAUGUUGUCAUUUCGUGUUUAUUUGUGUCAAAACGAAGAAGAGUCUCAGCUGUUUUAUAUGCCCUAAUUUAAAUGACGUACCUAACAGAAGACUAACUGAUGAUUUAUUUGUGGAAGUAGAGCUACGCUAUCAAGGCAUAAGAUGGUGACAUUUAAUAAGUACUUAUAUUUCAUAUUCAGAACUCGUGUUUCAAGCAGCGCAGUUUUCUUGUCACGAUUUUAUGCAAGACAGCAUUAUGUGAGAAAUGCUAAGGCUCAUUUGAAUGCGAAAGAAUCGGGCCGCUUGCCAUCUGACUGCUAUGCACAAGGCAAAUACUUGAUAUUUGUUAAUCAGCUUAAAAGCUUAUUAGUGAAUAGAGAAGAAAGGCACACAUUGAAACUGAUAUCUUACGAUGAAGUUUUGAAGUUGGGUAUCAAAGCUGAAGAACAUUCGAUACUCCUCAGCAGUGGAACCGAGGAUUGGAUAUUUGCUGUGGCGAUUUCGACAGCAGCCAAAGAGAGAGCUAAGGAUAUUGAAUCAGAAGUAGCUGGGAAGUUCAUACCAUUUAGGACGUCACUUUUUACUCUCACCCCUACAGAAUCAGCAAUAUCAUCGAAGGCUUUAGCUCUCCUAAAAUGGAAUGAAGAGUUUAAUUUUUGCAGUUCUUGUGGUCAGGAACUGAUUCCUGCACCUGCAAGGACACAGAAGAAAUGUGUUUCGUGCCAUAAAUCUCACUAUCCAGCAGUAAAUCCUGUUGGAAUAACUUUGGUCAGAACUUACAACAACAGCAAAAUUUUACUAGUACGUCAACAUUCACACCCACCUGGAAUGUAUACGUGCAUAGCAGGCUUCGUUGAAACAGGUGAGUCCAUUGAAGAAAAUAUUAGAAGAGAAGUAGCCGAGGAAGUAGGUAUUGCAGUAGAAGCCAUACAGUAUGUUAGCUCUCAACACUGGGCUUUUCCAAUAAAUAGCCUCAUGAUUGGUUGCACUGCAGCUGCAGAAGAACAGAUGCUCUCCAUUGAUCAUGAAGAAUUGGAAGAUGCCAAGUGGUUUACACCAGACCAAGUUAGAAAUGCUGUGCAGCGUGUAACUCAGAAAAACAAGGAAGUUUUAAAAAAUUCAAGUGAAAUUUGGAUUCCACCUCCAGGUGCUUUGGCCCAUACUUUAAUAACACAUUGGUUGCAAACACAUGAACAAUGAACCAUUUGGAUUCUUAUGGGCCACCUGAAAUGUUUUCAACCUUCUUGUUUUAAAUACUUCAGUUUAUGUUGAACUAUGGUAUAUUUUUUGCCAGCAUGCAUACGGUGUAUAGAGAAAAUAGAUUUUGUUGAGGAGUACAGAAAAAAAAUGAUAAUAUUGGGACAAUGCUAAAUUAAAAUUACAAUAUCUUUA